GCAGUCCCGCUGAGGACAUGCAGGUUCUUUGGGGUUUGAAUAGAACCAAACAUUAAAGGUCCAGGGAAGCUCUCUGCUGGACUGGACCGACCGAACCGAACCGGACGGAAUCAUAAAGGCUGUAGCCGGCUGGCUUCCUGGUUCGGAGGCUGAGUUUCCGGUUUUUUAAGAACACAUUUGUAAACUAUUUUUUGUAAACAUGCUGAUGACGUCAGCAGCUCCGUGAAGUUCGCUAGAACCGUCUAUGUGCUGCCGGUGACCCAAACCGUGUUCCGCCUUUACCUGUGUGAGCCGCACCUCUGCCCCCUCCUCCCCCCGCCCCCCGCGUUGCCAUGGCGACCUUCGCGGAGUACAUCGCCCAGAACGAGGAGCGCGACGGCAUCCGCUUCAGCUGGAACGUGUGGCCGUCCAGCCGCCUGGAGGCGACCCGGAUGGUGGUUCCGGUGGGGGCCCUGUUCACCCCCCUGAAGGAGAGGAUGGACCUGCCCCCCAUCCAGUACGAGCCGGUCCUGUGCAGCCGGGCCACCUGCCGGGCGGUCCUCAACCCGCUCUGUCAGGUGGACUACAGAGCCAAGCUGUGGGCGUGUAACUUCUGCUACCAGAGGAAUCAGUUCCCGCCAUCAUACGCCGGGAUCUCAGAGGUGAACCAACCUGCAGAGCUGCUGCCUCACUUCUCCACCAUCGAGUACGUGGUCCAGCGCGGGCCUCAGAUGCCGCUGGUCUUCUUGUACGUGGUGGACACCUGCAUGGACGACGAGGACCUGCAGGCCCUGAAGGACUCCCUGCAGAUGUCACUGUCCCUGCUGCCCCCCACCACCCUGGUGGGGCUCAUCACCUUCGGGCGGAUGGUUCAGGUCCACGAGCUGGGCUGCCAGGGGAUCUCCAAGAGCUACGUCUUCAGGGGGACCAAAGACCUGAGCGCCAAGCAGCUGCAGGAGAUGCUGGGUCUCGCGAAACCUUCAGCGGGUCAGAAUCGAGGUCCUCAGGGGGCGGCGCCUCCUCCAACCAACAGGUUCCUGCAGCCAGUCCAGAAGAUCGACAUGAGCAUGAUGGACCUCCUGAGCGGGCUUCAGCGCGACCCCUGGCCCGUCACGCAGGGCAAGAGGCCGCUGCGCUCGCUGGGCGUCGCCAUGUCCAUCGCGGUGGGACUCCUGGAGUGCACCUUCCCCAACGCUGGAGCUCGGAUCAUGACAUUCAUUGGGGGCCCGGCGACUCAGGGGCCCGGCAUGGUGGUGGGGGACGAGUUGAAGACCCCCAUCAGGUCCUGGCACGACAUCGAGAAGGACAAUGCCAAGUUCAUGAAAAAAGCAACUAAGCACUUUGAGUCUCUGGCCAACAGAGCGGCCGCCAACGGACACAUCAUCGACAUCUACGCCUGUGCGCUGGACCAGACGGGCCUGCUGGAGAUGAAGUGCUGCCCCAACCACACCGGAGGCUACAUGGUCAUGGCCGACUCCUUCAACACGGCUCUGUUCAACCAGACUUUCCAAAAAGUUUUUAGCAAAGACGUUCAGGGAAGCUUCAGGAUGGCGUUCAGCGGCACACUGGAAGUCAAGACUUCCAGAGAGAUCAAGGUGUCCGGAGCCAUUGGCCCCUGUGUGUCCUUGAACGCCAAAGGUCCCUGCGUCUCUGAGAAUGAGAUCGGGACUGGAGGGACCUCUCAGUGGAAGAUCUGCGGUCUGGAUCCCAGCACAACCCUGGCCCUCUACUUUGAGAUCGUCAACCAGCACAACGCCCCCAUCCCUCAAGGCGGCCGGGGAGCCAUCCAGUUUGUCACCCAGUACCAGCACUCCUCUGGACAGAGACGCAUCCGGGUCACCACCACGGCCAGGAACUGGGCCGACGCUCAGACUCAGAUUCAGAGCAUCGCUGCGUCCUUCGACCAGGAGGCGGCCGCCGUUCUGAUGGCCCGGUUGGCGGUGUAUCGCGCCGAAACGGAGGAGGGGCCAGACGUGCUCAGAUGGCUGGACCGACAACUGAUCCGACUGUUCAUGUUCCACCUGCGGCGCUCUCCGUUCCUGCAAGUGUUCAACAACAGUCCAGACGAGAGUUCCUACUACCGGCACCACUUCAACCGGCAGGACCUGACGCAGGCACUCAUCAUGAUCCAGCCUGUGCUCUACGCCUACUCCUUCAACGGACCCCCCGAGCCGGUUCUGCUGGACAGCAGCAGCAUCCUGCCGGACCGGAUCCUGCUCAUGGACACCUUCUUCCAGAUCCUCAUCUACCACGGAGAGACGGUGGCUCAGUGGAGGAAAGCCGGUUACCAGAACAUGCCGGAGUACGCCAACUUCCAGAAGCUCCUGGACGCUCCGCAGGACGACGCCCGGGAGCUGCUGCACACCCGCUUCCCCAUGCCCAGAUACAUCGACACGGAGCACGGCGGCAGCCAGGCUCGCUUCCUGCUGUCCAAAGUCAACCCGUCACAGACCCACAACAACAUGUACACCUGGGGACAGGAGUCUGGAGCUCCCAUCCUGACCGACGACGUCAGCCUGCAGGUCUUCAUGGACCACCUGAAGAAACUCGCCGUGUCCAGCGCCGCCUGACCCCCCCUCCCCAUCUGCAUUUGCUGCCUGAGCUUUAAGAACCACCAAACACUCCGACUGAUCUUCACCUGACGGUGACCCGAUGUUGUGAUUGCCUCGCAACAUUCUUUGCUUUUUUAUUUUUAAACCUUUUCCACGUGAAGCUGCCUUAGUGGGCGGAGCUUCUGAGAGCUGACUGAACUCUGGAGCUUUUCAGAUUUUUGGCAGACAGGGGCGUAAAGUUGGUCGACUGAUUCGAAACUCCAAACAUUUGUGCUGACGGUCCUCCUGAAAACAUUUCCACACAAACCCGUUCUGUCCUCCAGUAUUAGCGGCCGUCCGCUGGCUGCCUGGCUCGCCUCCGUGGCGUUCAUGUUCACCUCAACACUAAACCCCGGCCCGGAGCAAACACGCCGUUUUCUCCGUUCAUGUUUGUAAUAAAAGUUUUCUGAGAAAAAAAA